CCACCAUAAUGGCCCCAUCAUUCAUGCGAGGCAUUGCAUAUGGCCAGUUGUCUUCGAGGAGAGUUCUGCUUUGUGCUCUGACGACCUGACUCUGCCCUCGAAAGGAUUUAUUAUGCACAGCUAGAGCGCGAACCUGUAGCAAACGCCUCAUGGGCAACUAGCAUCUCAAAGAAAGACAAGGGAAGAAGUGACCAGCUGAUGGGCGCGCAGAUCUAAUUUCUCAGCUCAGUCUGCCAGCACCCUGACAGAACAUUUCCCUCUGGGCGUCACUUCAAACCCUCCUCUUGGUUGGUCACAAUACUCCCGCACCUGGGAAAGCAGGUUCGCCAAAAUUGCGAGAUGGCGGUGUCACAAUCCCUUCUCCAGAGCAGAGCAAUGUCCUCUGCCUUGGCCAGCAUUUCUCCUAGUUUAGCCAGCUCAAAGCACAGGUUUGCUUCUUCAGCCUUCGUUGGGGAGGGCUUAUCUCACGCAAAGCUUGGCAAAGACGCCUUGCCCCGGCAUGUAGAAGAGGGGCCGGCCAGAAUUCAGGCCGUGAUGGAAUCAACGGAACAACAGCUCAGGAACCUGGAGCGAGCGCUCAAGGCCUUCCCGAGCGCCUCAUCAGACAAGCCCCCUGUCUCCAGCACGUGGGAUCCCAAGCUUCCCCUGGACGAAGGCAGCUGCCCCCCUCGGGCUUGGUACACCGAGCGAGACGUCUUCGAGCUGGAAAGGAACUCAGUGUUUGCAAACAGGUGGCAGGCAGUGGGGCCUUCCGAGAAAGUGAAGGAACCGGGGGCCUUCUUCUCCGGCAGUUUCAUGGGCCUUCAGUUCUUGGUGUGCCGAACGCUCCAGGGCGAGCUGAAAGCGUUCUCCAACACGUGCCGCCACAAGGGAACCGUCAUCGCACAGGGGGAGGGCACCUGCCGCAACUUCGUCUGCCCCUUCCACGCCUGGACGUACAACCUGGACGGCUCUCUCAUCGGCUCGAAGCACCACAAGCACAUGAAGGACUUCAACCCCGAGGAGCACAGCCUCUUACCGCUUGACGUGGCCAUCGCGGGACCGUGGAUUUUGGUGCGGAUGCCCAACUGGGGGAACAAGGCGCCCGCCAGCCCGGUCUACGUCAACGACGAGAUGGCGCAAAAUUGGCCCACCUCCAACGGGACUGCGGACUCGCGGGCGGUGCAGGAGUGGGUUGGGGAGGCAGCGGGGCUGCUGACGCACCACCGCGUCAUCUCGGGCGAGUACAAGUACAUGAAGCGCCUCGAGUACGACAUCGGAUGCAACUGGAAGGCAUACAUUGACAACUACCUGGAUGGGGGGUACCACAUACCGUACAACCACAAGGAGCUCGCGGCCUCCGUUGACAUUGACACUUACACCACCACGUGCUUCUCCAAGGGCACGUUCCAGACGGUGGACGUCCGCAAGGUGGACGAGAUCCGCGCAGACGCCCCGCAGGAGCUGUACACCCUGGUCUACCCUAACCUCCUCAUUAACCGGUACGGCAACUGGGUUGAUUCCUUUUGGGUGAUCCCCACUGGGCCCACCAGCUGCCACGUCACCGUCGACUACUGGCUGGCCCCGCAAGAUGCCGCCGAGAUCAGCGACGAAACCCUGGAGGAGAACUGGGUCCGCACUGAUGUCCUACAGGACGAAGACGUGUUCCUCUGCGAGGCGGUGCAAAAGGGCCUCGCCUCUGGCAUGUUCGAGUCCGGACGAUACGUGGCGCCGCAAGAAGAGGCACCGCACCACUUCCACCGACUGAUCCACUCUGACUUCGUUGCUUAUGAAAAGGAUCUCUAACCAGCUAACUCCCUGCUAAUCAGUCUGAUACGGCUGGACUGGUCCCCUGAUCAAAUGACCUGAAGAGGUUUCCUAGCAUGAUGAACUUUUGUCUGCUAACGCCGAAUUUUUCGAAGUUAAGAUAGCGGUCGAUUGGGCUGCAGAAAGUUUGGGCUUGGUCAGACAGUCAGGCCACGGAUUGCCUUUCGAACUUUCUCGUAGAGCUCAAGAAAUGCUUCAAUCGUUGACCAAGUGUAGGUUGAAAGCGAUUUUCUGCGAGUAUACAUAGCGUCGUUUCUGCGUAGUUCAUAAAGCGCGACUCUCGACUCUCUCUCAUAAUUGUCCUCUGAUGCUCGCAUAUAUCAGCCAUACUUUGUCUAGGCCU